AUGUAUCGACAAUUUCUCGUUCGAGACAGCGAUAGGAAAUAUCAGAAAAUCUUGUGGUUUGUAAACGACGAGAUUAGAGAAUUUGUGCUCAACACAGUAACAUUCGGAGUAGCAGCCGCACCCUUUUUGGCUAUUCGAUGCCUACAUCAACUCGCGGACGAUGAACAAGAACGAUUUCCACUCGCCGCCAAAAUAUUAAAGAGAGACAUGUACGUCGAUAACAUGUUAACGGGAACGAAUUCCGUCGAAGAAGCCCGAUCAAUUUGUACGCAAAUGACGCAAGUCCUAAGGACCGCCGGUAUGAACAUGCGACAGUGGGCAACAAAUGAUCCAAAUAUAUUAAACGACAUCGAGUCAAAAAAUUUGGACGCUAAUUUCGACUUGAGCAACGACAACACCCUUAAAACACUAGGCAUUCGCUGGCGCGCCAAAACGGACUCUUUCGUAUACAAAAUUAAACCCAUAUCGGUCACUGAGAGAUUCACCAAAAGAAAAAUAUUGUCCGAAAUAGCAAAAAUCUUCGAUCCCCUUGGACUACUAGGACCAAUUAUCCUCUUUGCAAAAAAAAUCAUGCAAGACAUCUGGAAAGCCAAAAUCGACUGGGAUGAAACAGUACCGAAUGACAUAUACUAUCAAUGGAAUGAGUUUUGUCUACAAUUAAGCUGCCUACCAGACAUGUCAUUCAAUCGACACAUUUUGACAAACGACGCCAAUGAAAUACAAAUUCACGGCUUUAGUGACGCGAGCGAAACUGGAUACGGUGCAUGCAUCUAUAUGAGAUCAAAGGACACAUUUGGCAAUUAUAAAAUCACCCUAAUCUGUUCAAAAUCACGCGUCGCGCCAGUAAAAACACGGUCAUUACCUCGGUUAGAGUUAUGCGGCGCGCAGUUAUUAGCCAAUUUAUAUGUGCACACUAUUCGAUCAAUUCGCAUUCAAGUCGAUCGAACAUAUUUUUGGUGUGAUUCGAGCAUAACACUACAUUGGAUCAACGCAGCACCUCCGACGUUAAAAACGUUUGUGGCAAAUCGAGUGGCCGACAUUCAAUUAAAAACCGAGAUUCAUGCAUGGAGACACAUCAGAUCAGAAGACAAUCCUGCCGACGCUCUAUCAAAAGGUCAACUUCCAAACGAUUUUCUCAACAACGAGAUAUGGCUACACGGCCCUCCAUGGCUACAACAAAACGAAACUGAGUGGCCAAAAUCGCAUAUUAUCGGAUUAACCGAAAUUCCAGAAAUCAAAAAAGCACAUUGCUUCGUAACUAAAUCCGAUUCAUAUUGCGCACAUCUUUUAAAAAUAAUAGAAAAUCAGACAUCCUUGAUGAAAUUAAAACGUAUAUUCGCAUUAUGCCUCCGACUGCCGAAAAAAUAUCGUACAAAUACCAAAAUCCGGGACAUGCGCAUCAAAGACUUACAAAAAGCAGAAAAUGCCGUUAUUCGGUUAGUUCAGGGAUCCGUGUUUGCAAAUGACAUUGCGUCACUAAAGGCAAAUAAACCAUUGAAUGAGAAAAGUUCCUUAGCAUCACUAGAUCCAUUCAUCGAUGAAGAAAACAUUCUUAGAGUAGGCGGUAGAAUCAGAAAGGCAAUUGCACCCUUUUCAAAACGUCAUCCCAUACUCCUAUCAAAAAAUAACUUUUUCACGGACUUAAUUAUUCAACAUUAUCACACUGCGCACUUUCACACGGGAAUUCAAAAUACUCUUUACGCAAUCCGAGAGAACUAUUGGCCGAUCGACGGACGCAACCAAAUUAGAAAAAAUAUCCGAAAAUGCACAAUAUGUUUUCGUGCAAAUCCGCAGUUAUGCCAGUAUAAAAUGGGUGACCUUCCGCAAGUGAGAGUAACACAAUCUAGACCAUUUUAUAAUGUAGGUGUAGAUUACUGCGGUCCGUUCUUUAUAAAGGAAAAGCGAUAUCGAAAUCAAAAAUUCAUAAAAAUUUACGUCGCAAUAUUGGUAUGUAUGACAGUCAAAGCAAUCCACAUAGAAGUAGUCGAAGAUCUAUCUACGGAAGGUUUUAUAGCAGCUUUACGACGAUUUGUAUCGAGACGCGGUUUACCGGGAACUAUCUACUCGGACAACGGUACUAACUUCCGAGGUGCACACAACAAACUGAAUGAACUAUACGAAUUACUAAACUCACAACAAUUAAAAAUAAAUUUAGACAAAUUUACCAAUAGUAACAAAAUAGAGUGGCAUUUCAUUCCGCCUCAUUCGCCAAACUUUGGUGGCUUAUGGGAAAUUUCAGUCAAACAAUUCAAACAUCAUUUUAAAAGAGUAGCGGCCGACAAAAGAUUUACCUUAGCUGACUUUAACACGUUUUCCAUUGAAAUAGAAGCAAUAUUAAACUCUCGACCAAUAACUCGCAUAUCAUCCGAUAUUAACGAUUUAUCAGCAAUUACACCUGGUCACUUCUUAAUUGGCGAUUCACUCAAAGGUCUACCAGAACAAAAUUAUACGAAAAUACCAGACAAUCGCUUAAGCGCAUGGGAAAGUAUGUCAAAACUCAAACAACAAUUUUGGGAGAGAUGGAAUAAAGAAUACUUAAAUGAAUUGAAUAUACGUCACAACAAAUCGGCGGCAGAACCAAAAUUGACUAAAGACCUAGUCGUAUUGAUCAAAGAGGACAACACACCACCGAUGCAAUGGAAUAUGGGUAUUAUUACGGAUGUACAUCCAGGAGCCGACAAAAUUAUCCGCGUGGUAACAGUCAGAACGAAACACGGACUUAAAAAAAGACCAACCUCCAAGAUUGCCGUUCUUCCCAUAGACGAUAACUUAGAAAAACAAGAAACAAUAAGUAAACUCAAAAUUAAUUAA